AGUGUUGGAUGCAUGCCGUAGAGCUCCAUGCUGCCCCCUACAGUUUGGAAGAAUAUUUGCUCACAGCAGAGACAAGCCGCAUGAACCAUAAACACUGCGACCUGUGAAGUGCGUUCCAUCCGCGAGCCGCAUCACCAAGCGGAAAGUGAAUGUGUCAAGCAUAAACCAAGCUUAAUAACUACAGCCACAACAGCUUCACGAUGGUGAAAAUAUUCAUCGGGAACUUGUCGGCAGAGACGACCUCAGAUGAGCUUCGCUCUCUCUUCUCACAGUACGGCAAGAUUUCAGAAUGUUCUAUUGUGAAAAAUUUUGGCUUUGUGCACAUGGAUAGCAAGUCGGAGGCAGAAGAAGCUAUACGCAACCUCCACCAGUACGAGUUGAAUGGGCAGCCCCUCAAUGUAGAGUUGAGUCGCGGCAAGUCAAGAGGGUCCACCAAACUCCAUGUUGGCAACAUCGCAUGCACCAAUCAGGAGCUGAGGGCCAAGUUUGAAGAGUUUGGCGCCGUUCUGGAGUGCGACAUUGUAAAAAACUAUGCCUUUGUUCACAUGGAGCGGAUGGAGGAUGCCAUGGAGGCCAUCAGUAAGAUGGAUAACACAGCAUUUAAAGGAAAACUGAUGAGCGUGAAGCUUUCGACUAGCCGCCUGCGUACUGCGCCGGGAAUGGGAGACAGAUCAGGUUGUUAUCGUUGCGGGCAGGAAGGCCACUGGUCCAAAGAAUGUCCAUUAGACCAAAAUGGCUACCACAAAAAUGGUUCAGAGCCAAACUCUGAUGGAUACGAUCCCUCGAGAUUUGGCGAGCGCGGUCGCAGCCGGGGUUUUCCAGACUUCAGUGGCGCUCCGGAAUAUGACGGCAGCUACGGUCAUGGUUUUCCCCGGGUUUCUGGUCACAGCAACGGCAUGGCGGGUUACAGAGGAGAUGCAGGCUAUGAAAGUGCAAUGAGAUACGGCCCCCCCCCAGGUUAUAACAUGAAUGCUGUUGCUGAUCAUAGCAUGGCUCGGAUGUACGGCAGCGAGGCGGCAUACAGGAGCAACGGCUCGAUCUAUGGCGCGGUACCAGCCUACCCGAUGCGGCGGUCGCCUUAUGAGGAACGGGAUUCGUACGGGGUCGUGGACUACUACGAGAAGUACAGGCCAAAUGCAUAUGGAGGCAGUUAUUUCGAGCAACGCCAUGGUGCUGCUUUGCCUGCUCCAGCAACAGCCCCCACCACAGCUAUGAGGGAACGGCUACCUCCCUCUAGUGCCAACACAUACCAGUGUCCUCCCGUUCCUCCUCCACCAGCCCCAGUUACCUCAUACUAUUCUCGUGACCGAAGUCCGAUCCGGAGAGUCGCCGGCGAAGCGGGUGGAUAUAAAUAUGAACAUUCGCGCCUUUCUCCUGGGACCGGGAACCCAAGAAGUGCUACCUAUGACCAUUCGUGGGAUUCCGGCGCUGAACGGGCACGGUUAACCUACUAAACCUUCUUUGUUCUAGCUAAGUAAGCGUUGACAUACCUUCAGCAGGUAGGAUGGUCAAAGUGCCACUGGAUACUGAAACUAUCUAUCUACGGUGUGUCUCCUUGAUGUUUUCUAAACCCAGAAGUGUUUGUGUAUGAUAAAUGUGUAGCUGGACAGCAGCGGUGAACGCUUUCUCUUACACAAGUACGCCUCAGUGUAACGAGCUGUGUGCUGUUUCAUGUUACGAUGCAUUCUGGGUUCUGUGCAGUAGUGGCUAGCUUCAUGUCUUGUUAUUUUGUAUAGUUCUGAAAAGACCAGCCUGUGCUCCAGUCCUAACAAGUGGUUCAGCUACAUAACGGUUUCCUUCACCGUGUAAUUGGAACCGAUUUCUGCUCUUUUGGUUUGAGAAAGCUGUUUACAAUCAGCUUUAAUUAAUUUGGUGCAUGUGUAAAGGUGAGUCUACACUUAUCCUAGUUUAGCUGGGCAGUUUCAGGUGUGUGCGCUGUAGUGUUCUUGUGUUAGUGCCGUUCACAUCGUUACUGCCCGCAUAUAAAAGCGCCGUGCUUCUGUACCUCCGUAAUGGGUCUGUGCAGGCGUUUAAUGGUUAGUUUUUAUUUAGGGUGUAUACAACUACACGUUUUAUUGUCUCCAUAAGGUGGGACUUUUAGCAUCACUUUUCCUUUGUUGUAGUGAGGAGUUUCAGAUCUUGUAAUACAACCGAGUCUCACAACAAAGACAAGCUCAUAAGCACAGAAACGUUUGGCCACCGCCCAGGUCAGGAAGGUCACACAACUCCGUUGUAUUUUAUUUGAUUUCUCUGGAGUUUCGUUGCUUUUUCAUCCAUUAGGAGCAACCUGGUGUCUAUUAAAAAUACAUUUUAGAUGUUAAAGCAAAUAAUUAGUUAAAUACAUGGCUUUGUCCUGGCUGGAUGAGUACUAGAGAGGAAACAUUUUGUGUUCAUAUACUCUUAGCUUUGAUGUCUUAGUUUAUGUUUUAGUGAGACUGUGUUGUGUUGUCAAAAUGAACUGAACUCAGUUUCUGAUUCUGUUUAGUUUUUUCAUGAUAUAAAUAAAGUCUGAAACUAGAA